AAGUUAUUCCCGGUAAAUAUCGUAAAAAUUGGAGGGAAAAGGUCUAAAUUACAAAACUUUCUUUCCCUUCUCUUUCUUCCUCAAUCCUCUUCGGUGACACUAGAAGUAACAAACACUGUAGAGUAGUACUUCUAGUUUUAAACACCCACAAAUUUGAAAAUUUUCAAACUUUACCAAUUCCCAUUUCGCUUCCCAGAAAACCCUAGGGAUCAGAGGCAAAAUUGACUGAACUUCAACUUUUAAUCCAAUGGCAGUGGAUACCAAUUUGGCUUCGUUAUUUGAGAAAUUGAAGUUGGAAGAUCCGUAUGUUUCGCCCAGACCUUGGGAAUCAAUUACUUCAGAAAGCGGCGGCAUUUCUUCUUCCAAUUCCGCUAACACUAAUCGCUCUUCCCAUGUUCAAUACUCCACUUCGGCUGUUUCUGAGCCUAGCUUGGUGAGACUGACAUUGGAUGCUCUGCAAGGUGUAGAAUCAGCUCUGAUAUCUAUUCAAAAGCUUUUUGCUUUAUUUUGUUUUGAUUCAGCUGAUAGAUCCUUUCAUCAUAUCCCAAGUUUGUUGACACGAACUUCAAGCACCCUUGCUUUGGGAAAUCUACUCAAAUCUAUUGGGCGUUUUGGUUGCAUCAUUUUCCUCCUUCACAAAUUUGUCGAUCAUUUUACAUGUUUAACUCUAGAUGGGAUUUCAGAUGAGGAUGAAGUUCAAAAGUAUGAUGCUAAUGAUGGUGUGGGAUGCCGAAUGAGCAAUCAUACACUUGUUAAUCAGGCUUUUGCAGUUUCUGUGGCGAAAAUCUUAGAUGGGUAUACCUCCGCCCUAAAUACACUAUAUGCUUCUGUCAAUUUUAGGCGUUGCUUGAAGUCCAAGGGUGGAGGCUGUUUUACUAGUGUUGGGCAUGGCGAAAUUACAUUGCUAGAGGCUUAUCUGCACUCUGCAGGACUAAGAACUCAGCUGGAUGUGCUUGGUAAUAUCUGCAAUAUGAGUGAUCUAGCUCUUAGAUAUUCUGAAUUAUCUCUUGAAGAAAUAAGUGCCAAAGCGUUUUUAGAGUUUAAUAAUUUCCCCAGAAGCGGUGCUCUGCUCACUUUCUUGUACACACAACUAAAGAUGGCUGAUCCAGCCCAUUGUGCUCUCCUGAAGUUCCUGUUUCUACGUUCAUGGGAACCGUACUGUGGAUUUAUUAGAGCAUGGAUUUUUGAAGGUAGAAUUGCUGAUCCUUUUAAAGAGUUCAUCGUGGAAAUUGUGAAAGAGCAACCUGAUCAUGAGCCGGGUAACACUGGAAUCUCUAAUGACUUCCCAUUAGCAAGUGUUAGGGUGCGAGAGGGAGUUUUACCUUUGUUUCUGGAGGAUUGUUUGCUUCCCCUUUUCCGAGCAGGUCAACAGCUUCAAAUAAUAACAAAGUUACUUGAGUUCUGUGAUUCUUUUGGACCAUUUAACGGUAUUCAUGAAGAACUCCUUCCUGGCAUCAUCAAUGGGUUUGCAAGCGAAUUCCCAAGCUUCAGAUCGUCCUUGUUAUUUGAGAAAGGUACUAUUGAGACAAUGGUGGUUUCAAGAAACAGUUAUUACCAAAGGAUGCUGGAGAAAGUUGACAAUGUUUUCACUAAGUUGGAAUUCAGAUUUCGGGAGGGCAUGCAACCUAGGUAUGCAAACCAUGCAAGGAACUUGACCUCUCCUGUUUUGUUUUCAACUAGUGACAACUUGGAUGCAUAUUCAAAUGAUACCAGAGGUCAAACUUUGGCUCACGACACCAUAGAAGCUGAGAUUAGCACAGACGAUGAUUUUUCUGGUACCGAAGAUCUCCUGGAGUCAUCUGAAGCUUCAUCAGAAGAAAACUCAGAGGAGCAAAGUGAUUUUGACCUGCCGAGCAACACACCUGGCACUGAUGUGGUGUUGGAGCCAGAUUAUUUAUCUGCUUUAAGUUUUAUUGAUGAUGGUCUUUUGCAGAAGCAGAAGUUUCCGCAAGAUGAGAUUUCAUGCUCUGCAGAAUAUGUUUCGUGUAAAUCAUGUAUAAGGAUGGAAAUAUCUUCCACGGAUGUUAGUAACAGUGAAAGAGCUGCAUGUGACAGUUCUCUGCCCUAUAGAAGUGGGGAACAAAGUACGCUGCUGGAUCUUGAUAACCGGAUUUCUAAUAGUUGCCACAAUACUUGCUGGCUGUCUGAUUGCUUUCCAGGAAAUCUUCUGAAUAUUGAUAGGAGGAGCUCUCAGAGUACAUGGUUGCAUGAAGUUGAGAUUGAGCCGGAAGUAGGCAGUUGUAAAUUUGGUGUCCAACUGCCUGACAACGUAGAUUCUAGUGGUUCAGUUCUACCUCGAAAUCCUUCAUUGCCCGAGGCUUAUGAAAAGGAUCAGCAUCCAUAUAGAGCUUGUACUUUUUUAAGUUCAACAAGUUUGCCAUCAUGGAAGCUGAAGCAUAACUCCGACUUUCUAAGCAUGAACCCAAUUUUGGCUAGAAGUUCUCUUGUUAACCCAAAGAGGGAGCCUGAACAAAUGUUCUCAAGAGAUUCUAGGCAAUCUUUUCCUUUUUUUAAUUUCACAUCUAUAAGAGAUCCUUGCGAGGUUUAUAUAGAAAAGUUUGCUGCCAAUUCUAGAGAUCAGUUAGGAGCUGGGGUUUCUGUUUUGACUGGUACAGCAGCUACUGCUGCUGUUCUUACUAGUCGUCAACAUAACUUAAAAGAUUACUCUGAUAAGAACUUGGAGAAAAAGGCAGAGCUGUCUCAUACUUGUUCCCCUGUAGGUUCCGAGGCUCACAUUCAAAAAGUUUCAUCAUUGGAAAAUGCUGCUGGUGGGAGUGGUUGGGAGAGACUGCUUGCUAAUUCUAGCAAGAUUGCCAGUACAACUGCUAGAUAUCCGAAGACUAGUUUGGUGACAGUCCUUGAGAUGCCACUGGAUCAUAUUAUCAAAAAGUGCCUGUUGGAGGAGAUUUUGCUUCAAUACAAAUACUUGAGCAAGUUGACUAUACAAUUACUUGAUAAAGGUUUUAGUUUGCAUGAACAUUUGCUGGCUCUAAGGAGGUAUCAUUUUAUGGAAUUAGCAGAUUGGGCACAUCUGUUUGUCAGCUCUCUUCAGCAUCAUAAAUGGUACACCGUAGAGGCAGAAAAGAGAAUAUCAGAAAUUCAGGGCAUUCUUGAGUUGUCAGUUCAGAGAUCUUCUUGUGAAGGGGACCCUUAUAAGGAUCGUUUGUUUGUCUAUGUGAAAGGGAGUAGUAUGACAAACAUCUCAGUUUCUGGUAGAGGAACAUUUUAUGGAAUCCACUCCUUUGAUUGUUUGGGUUUGGGUUAUCGAGUAGAUUGGCCACUCAGCAUCAUAUUGUCUCCUGGCGCACUAAAAAUGUACUCAGACAUCUUUAGUUUUCUGAUACAAGUCAAGCUUGCUGCUUUCUCUUUAAGUGAUAUAUGGCGCUCAUUAAAGGAUCUCUCUCAAUUGGACAAGAAGAAUCAACAUUUUGCGUUUGGCAAUGCAGAACCAAAGCAAUUGUCCAUCUUAAUUGAAACAAGGCACCAGCUUAAUCAUUUUGUAUCUACGCUGCAGCAAUAUGUACAACCACAACUAUCUCAUGUGUCCUGGUGCAGGUUCAUGCAUUCUCUUAAGGAUAAGGUCAAAGAUAUGAUGGAUCUGCAUUCUGCACAUAUGGCAUACCUGGAUGACUCCCUGCACAUAUGCUUCCUGUCUGAGGAAACUCAACAUAUUGCCAGCAUUAUAAGAAGCAUCUUGCAAUCUGCGGUGGAUUUUCGAUCUUGUCUGAGUGGAGACAUUUCACAGGUGCUUCACAUAAGGAAAUCAUUAUCUGAGAACAUCAAAGAGUUGUAUCUAUGUUAUCUUAAGUCGCCCAGACAUGGAGAAUUCGGCCUGUCAUGUUUCUGGGAGCGUCUGAAUUAUAACGACCAUUACUCAGAGGUUAUUGGUAAACAGAUGGGACACAAGGUCUUUCUCGUCUAAAAAACCAAGAAUUGACUGCUGACUCGAAUGAGAAGAGUUUACAUGGUCGUGACCAAGAAACCACUGGUUUCGCUUGGUGGGCCGGGAAUGCCCCCAUCAAGGAGAUUAUAUGCAGAAGGAGAGUAUUUUGUUUCAGGAGCUUGGAUAUGAUCACGAGGUCAGAUUUUCCACGAGCAAUAGCAUCUUGACAUUGUGUGGGUGCAUUUUGUUCGAAGGCUCGCUCAUGCCAAACAAGCACAGAUACAUUAAAUGUCGUGCAUGUCUAUAUAAGAUCCUUGAAAGCAGUAAUCUAUUUCAGGCGGAUAAUCUGGCUUCUGUAUCUUGCUCGCAGACUUGCUACCUUUGGGUUCACAUUAUAGGAUGUCGUUUAGGUCUGAAUGAGUUUGAAAGUUUGGCUAUAUGUUGUGCAUAAGUGAAUUUAGCCUUUGUUGAUAGCUCGGUUGAAUUGUAAUAGUAACUUCUUGCGGUUCACUUUGUGUAUAUUAUGAAUACAAGAUUAAGGAAAUUGGUUUUCCUGUUUGAGUAUUUUGUAUGAAAUCACUAAUUGCAAGAAUACAGUCCACAGAAACAUAAUUUGCUUUAUA